CAUGUAUUGAGAUGUGUAUCGAAUCGUGUGAGAGAGAAAGGAAGGCUGGAAGCCGGAGUCCCCGGAGAAAAUCACACAGAAAAGUCCCCAUUGAUGAUUCUUUUUCAGGUCUCCUCGCCAGGACUUGAACCAGAGGCCUUCUUGCUGGGAGGCAAGAGCGCUAACCACUCCACCACCAUUCAGUGAUGUGUCGGUGACUGAAGAAAAACUAAUGGAUAGAAAUCAAAGCUUGAAUUAAAGGAGUUUCCAAUCCAUGGUCCUCAAAGACCCUUUAAGAAAAACAUAAAUAUGAUGCUUUACAUAAGUAACUAAAUUUGUAUAUUCCACUCUGACCUUUAAGACCCUCAUAGCAGAACAGUUACAUGUGCCGUUUACACAGAAAGAUCAAACACUUAAGUCAUCUAAUGGUUAAAAGUUGUGGUUUCAGAACUUCUUUCAGUCUUUUAACCGUAAGUUGCACUAAGCGCUCGAAUAGAAAGCAGGUCAAACCAUUAAUCUGUUCUCUUGUGCACACAUGCUGCUGCUACAAGUGUUACUUUCACCUGUUUAUCUAAUGCAACAAAACUUUAAAUCAACUUUCAUCUAAGUGCAAAAAUCAUUUUCUCAUAAAUCUGAACAUUCAAAGGCAAAGCUUCAAACUAAUUUAAACAUUAGAACAGAUGAGAAGGAAAUCGAAGAAUACAUUUUUGGUCACAGAAAGCAGAGACCACACCGUAAGCUAUUUCCGUGAAGCUGUCACUUCCUUCAACUGUUUUCUUUCAAGGUUUCAGUCUUUGCAGAAUGUCGGCAGAACAAGACGGAUCAGACUUUAAGGAGAGAGAAGUGGCCAUCUAUAUGAAUUCAGAUGAUGUGGGAGUUUACUAUUCUUUACACCAAACAGAACCACAGACUCCGAGCCGUUCUGCAGUCCAGAACGAAUCGAAGACUCUGUUGCGUCUGAAAGUGCUGUGUGUUCUGAUGGCAGCUGGGAUCCUCAUCGUCUCCAUAUGCUGUCUUCUUGUGUCUUUGGAAAACAUCAAAAUAAAGAACAGCUACAAUCAACUGCAGACUAAACUUUCAGAUAAAAAGUGUCCUGACAGAUGGAUGAGAUUUGGAUCCAGCUGCUACUACAAAUCUGCUUUCAUUGCAUCAUGGGAAAAAAGCAGGAUCAUCUGUCAGAAUCAAGGAUCUGAUCUGGUGAUCAUCAACAACAAAGUGGAACAGUGUUUUAUCACGAACCUGAAUGAGAAAGGAGAAUCCUGGAUUGGUCUGGAAGUUGGAUGGUCGUCACAGAAGAACAAAUAUGGUUGGAAAUGGUUGGAUGGAUCACCACUAGCAGAAUCAUUCCAGAAAACAGAGAAUUUACAAGAUCCAACUGAUUAUUUCCUUGGAUUGUAUUUAAAUGCUGAAGGGAAAUUGAAAAGUCUGCAUAAAACUCAUGAGAAAACCUUCAUCUGUGAGAAAUGAACUUAAUCCCUUCGUUGUUGUUACAGGACUACAGUGACUGUUCUGGAUCAUAAUCAAUAAAUGUCCUGAUGAUUUUUAGAUGCUGAAUAUUUUCUUUACUUUAAGACAUUGUUCUUGAGGUAAUAUUUACAGAUUUUUUUUGUUUAUGUUUUAUUAAAUCAAUUUCUAACAAAAGACUAAACUUCCUCAUGUUUUCACUGUGUUCACAGAUGAGUCGGAUUAUGGGAAAAAAAUGGAAAAAUAUGAAAAAAUAUGAAAACAUUUGAAUUCAUUUUUCUGCUUUAAAAAAAAAAUGUUGCUUUUAUAAUUUGUGUAAAAUAAAACUAGAA